AUGGACUCAAGGAAUUAUUCAUCAUUCACUGAUCUCGUACGGGGGAAUAUUAAUCUUGAGGAUGAAAUUUUCGAUGUAUCUGAAAGUAGUCCCCUGUUAGUCGAAGAUUCUCCACUGAAUGAUGAAGUUGCCACUUCUAAGAAAAAACAAGCACGUGGUGUCAACUUCAGUGCUGAGGAAGAUAAGCUGCUUGUAGCAGCAUGGCUCAAUACCAGUGUGAUCCUGUCUAAAAUUGAAGCAAAGAAUGAAAGUGGAACCACGGCUCAUGACAAGAUUGAGAAAGCAAAGGAAUUGUUUAAAGAAAUUCACGGUUCCGUUUUUCAAUUUGAACAUUGUUGGCUAAUCUUGAAGGAUUAUCCAAAGUGGGCAUCUACUAUGCCUAGGGGAGAUUCAAGAAAAGAAAUGCCUCAAACUCCAGAUUUAAUAGAUCAAGGAGUGGGGGUUGAUGGCAUUAUGGAUUUCGAGAGGCCAAUAGGUAGAAAAGCUGAAAAGGCUAAUCGAAAGAGAAAAGAUGAUGGGAAAGAUAUUGCAACGGAAUAUUUGAAAAAGAAAAUGAAAGUUCUUGAAGAAGGUUGUGUAGCCGAAAAAGAGAGAGUACGUAUCAAAGCGGAAAAGGUUCGCUUGCAAGAGUUGAAAGAGAAUGAAAGAAUUAUGAUGCUAGACACAAGUGGCAUGAACGAAGACCAAAAAGCUUUUUAUGAUGGACUCAAAAAGGAAAUCCUUGCAAAACAAAGAUCAAGUCAUUCGUUGGGUUGAUGAUGUUGGUGAUGUCUUGUUCCAACCUUA